GGCGGGAGCCUGAGCCGGAAUCGCCGCGUGAGCAGGUGGAGCCGCUGCGGGUGGCAGCCGGGCCGAGCUGAGUAAGGCAGCGGGCUCGGCGGGGGCCAUGGAGCUGCUAAAGCUGAACCGGAGCGUGCCAGGAUCCGGACCUGGGCCGGGGGCUUCCCUGUGCCGCCCAGGUGGCCCUCUCCUUAACAGCAGCAGCGCGGGCAACCUCAGCUGUGAGCCCCCUCGCAUCCGUGGAACCGGGACUCGAGAAUUGGAGCUGGCCAUUAGAGUCACGCUUUAUGCAGUGAUCUUCCUGAUGAGCGUGGGAGGAAAUGUGCUCAUCAUCGCGGUCCUGGGACUGAGCCGUCGCCUGAGGACAGUCACCAAUGCCUUUCUCCUCUCACUGGCUGUCAGCGACCUCCUGCUGGCUGUGGCCUGCAUGCCCUUCACCCUCUUGCCCAAUCUCAUGGGCACAUUCAUCUUUGGCACAGUCAUCUGCAAGGCAGUUUCCUACCUCAUGGGGGUGUCUGUCAGUGUGUCUACAUUAAGCCUCGUAGCCAUCGCCCUGGAACGGUACAGCGCCAUCUGCCGACCACUACAGGCGCGCGUGUGGCAGACGCGCUCUCACGCAGCUCGUGUGAUCGUGGCCACCUGGCUGCUGUCUGGACUGCUCAUGGUGCCGUACCCCGUGUACACCGUCGUGCAACCAGUGGGGCCUCGUGUGCUGCAGUGUGUGCAUCGCUGGCCCAGUGCGCGGGUCCGCCAGACCUGGUCGGUACUGCUGCUCCUGCUCUUGUUCUUCGUCCCUGGUGUGGUUAUGGCCGUGGCCUAUGGGCUUAUCUCCCGUGAGCUCUACUUAGGGCUUCGCUUUGACAGUGACAGCGAGAACCACAGCAGGGUCCGAAGCCAAGGAGGACUGCCAGGCGCUCCUAUCCACCAGAAUGGGCAUUGCCGGCCUGAGACCAACCUGGCUGGAGAGGACAGUGAUGGCUGUUAUGUGCAACUUCCACGUUCUCGGCCUGCACUGGAGUUGUCAGCGCUGACAGCACCUACUCCUGGGUCAGGAUCCGGAACACGGCCUACCCAGGCCAAGCUGCUAGCUAAGAAGCGUGUGGUGCGAAUGUUGCUGGUGAUCGUUGUGCUCUUUUUCCUGUGUUGGUUGCCAGUGUACAGUGCCAACACAUGGCGUGCCUUUGAUGGCCCAGGUGCACACCGUGCACUCUCAGGUGCUCCAAUCUCCUUCAUCCACUUGCUGAGCUAUGCCUCGGCCUGUGUCAACCCCCUGGUCUACUGCUUCAUGCACCGUCGCUUUCGCCAGGCUUGCCUCGAAACAUGUGCCCGCUGUUGUCCCCGGCCUCCACGAGCUCGCCCAAGGCCUCUUCCAGAUGAGGACCCUCCCACCCCCUCCAUUGCUUCCCUGUCCAGGCUAAGCUACACUACUAUCAGUACCCUGGGGCCUGGCUGA